AUGUGGCUCCUCACCACCAGCCGAGCACAGCUCCAAUGGUUCGCUCAUCCGCCAGCCAAGUACGCCGUCCUCUCGCACGUGUGGGGGACUGAGGAGCAGUCGUUCGGGGAGGUCCAGGAGAUUGAACGAAAGUGCAGGGCGGACGAGAACCCGCGCAACUUUGUAUCGGACAAGAUCCGCUGCUGCUGCAUGUGGGCGGAGGCGCACGGGUUCACGUUUAUCUGGGUGGACACUUGCUGCAUCGACAAGACGAGCAGUGCUGAGCUGUCGGAGGCGAUUAACUCGAUGUUCGCGUGGUACGCCGCAGCAACAGUCUGCUACGUCUUCCUCUGUGACGUGUCCGAUGGCGAACCCCCGUCCGCCCCGAACUCGACCUUCCGCAAAAGCAAGUGGUUCACGCGCGGGUGGACACUGCAAGAGCUCAUCGCCCCCAAAGUCGUCAUCUUCCUCUCGCGGACAUGGUUCCCUAUCGCGUCCAAACGCUCCAUAUCGCCGUUGCUCGAGGAUAUUACCGGGAUCGACGCCGCGGUGCUCAUGGGCAACAUGUCUCUCAGCGAAGUGAGCGUGGCGCGCCGCAUGUCCUGGGCAUCGGCAAGGCGGACAACCAGGGUGGAGGAUGAGGCGUACUGCUUGAUGGGCAUUUUCGGCGUGCACCUCUCCACGAUCUAUGGCGAAGGGAAGGAGGCAUUCCUCCGGCUCCAGGAGGAGAUCAUGCGACGCAUCCCAGACACGACCUUGUUCGCGUGGGGGCCGCGCGCUGAUCCUGUCGAGACGCUGCUAGGCUACCGCUCCGUUUUCCCGACGUCGCGCGGCACCGAUUACGCGGAUCGGUCCUCUCUCCUUGCAUCGGGACCUGCGGCGUUCAAGGAUUGUUCUGACCUCGUCAAGCUACCGGAGAAGUUCUUCGCCGCGGCAUAUGACGUCACACCUCGCAAUACGUCCUUCACUGUAUCAAGCCACGGCAUCCAAGCCACUUGUCCCGUCAUACGUUUCUCUGGAGGAUGCGCCCUUUUGUUGUUGCCUUGCGCCAAGGCGCAGGGCGACCAACUAUCGUUUGUGGGGGUCAUCCUGCGCUUCCAAGGGGAGGGAAGCCCCUGGGCUGUCGGAACCCGUGCACUGGUAGAGGAGGUUACUCUCGAGCAGCGUGAAGCGAGUAACUCUGCUAGCCUCAUCGAACAAUUACUAGCGCGGAAAUUGACAGCCAAGACCCGCCAAGACCACUUCGACGUGCGAUGUGUUCUCCUUCCUAUGGGAUUCGACUUCGGGACAUGUCUUCAACGACCCCUCAAGCGGCCGUCACGGUCUCAGCCCCUCGCACCUGUAUGGGAGCAAAGCUAUGUCGCAUACCGGCUGGAACACGUCAUUUCGAAAGACCCCAGACCAAGUAGCCCCAUAGGAUUGCAGCGCACGGCGUCCCUAUCGCUAUAUUACAAACUGUUCUUCCCUUCGUGGGUGAUCGCUCGGCUCGAGCUCCGCGGCUUCAUGGUGCCGGCCCUCGCCGUUGACCCCGCUCCUGGCUUCAAUGUAGGGGAACGACUCAGUAUCCCCUUCUUUGACUGGCGGAAGAAGGAGCAGAUGCGCAUGGAGCUCCGGACGGAUAUCCGAAUACAUGCCUCCUCGGGCACCCGUAUGGCGGCUCUGUGGUGUACAAUCCUGCUGCCUACCGACACCAACAGAUCUCUAGACGCACAGAUGUGCGCUCUCCAUGGGGGAAACGGGAGCAUGGGGGACAGGGGCAUGCAGAAAAGUGGCACGGCGGGUGAAGGCGGCUUGCCAGACAACGGUCCGGAAUCCGCGAACGGGGGCGCCAUCGAGAUCGAAGCAGGGUUCGUGGAUCUUUGGGAGCAUUCAGGGUGCAAGGGGUGCAAGGAGUUCUCCAGCGGGCGUUGGCGUCUUCUCCUUACUUUCACGCGCUUGUGUGACGACGUUGGCCAGGAGGAUGCCGAUGUAAAGAACGUGUAUCUUGUCGAUAUUGACCUGAGCAACGUGGACGUGUAAGAAGGGCUUGUAUAUGUGUAAUAUUGGCGAUGCUGUAUGUACUUUGAUGGUCGUGUAGCACCUGCGUAGCAAUAUCUCUCGGUACCUCAGUCUAGC